UUUUCAAACACUGGUAAUGAGCAAAUCACACUCACGCAGCAGCUCAUCGUCGUCGAGCAGCAGCAGCCGGAAACCAGAGCCCUCGACGAUGCUUCCGCCGACUGCUCCGCGCAAGUCUGGCAAUGCUGCGGCAGAGGCAGAAGCAGCCGCGGCGGCGCCGGUGCGCAACGUCCCUGUCGUUGGCGAGGAGCUCAAAACGUACUUUGAACGCGUCGAACGAAUGCUGGACGACAAUGCAUUCCAAGACGAAGCCGAUCGCGACCUGUUUGUCUCGAACGUCUACACUGAACUCGAAGGCAACGAGCUCGCCCUCGCGCAAGACCAACACUGCUCGCGCAUCGUCGAAAAGCUGCUCAAGGCAUCCAACCCAUUCCACUUGCGCGUGUUUAUGGACCGCAUUUCGGACUCGGUCGAAUCGCUCGUGCAAGACAAGUUUGCCUCCCACGUCGUUCAAACGCUGCUGACGCUCCUGCCUCCGUUCUUGGAGCAAGAGAAGAACGGUUCGGACGAGCAGCUGCGCCAACUUGACAGCGAGGAGGACGGCACGCUGCUCACGCUCAAGGACCUGUUGCUCCAGUUCUGCGACCGUCUCGAAGAGAAGGACAUUGUGCAGCUCGUCUUUCACACCUACGCCGGCCAUGUGCUGCGCAUUCUGUUCAACGUGCUUGUCGGCAUUGCUGCCGUCGACGACUCUGUUGUUCGCAGCAAGGCUUCGCGCGGCUACACUGCUGCUCUGAUGCCCGAGGCCGAUUUCAACGCUGUGCUCGAAAACAAACCGACGCCCGCACCGGAAGAGGCCGCCGCCACCGACAACGCCGAGGACGGGGAAAGCAAGCCCGCCAACCCUCCCAAGGGCUCACUGAUCGGCCCUGCCCUUGCCCUUGCGCUCGCAAUCAAGCACAAGACCAAGCGUGAUGCCUAUGUGGUGGACAUUGAGCUUGUCAAUCGUCUCAGCGCCCUCGCCGACGCAAUUGUCACAAAGCUUCCCGCUCAAACCGGGUUUGAUGUCGUUGUGACGGAUCCGGUUGCCAGCCCGGUCUUGCAGAGCCUCCUGAUGGCCCUUCACCACAAACUCCCCAUGCAGAGCGAUGACAUUGCGCGCCAAGUGCUUCACCUCGCCACACCCACUUCCUCGACACCCCGCGACGACGCCGAGUCCUUUGUCCGAGCAAACCUGCUCGAACACCGCAUUGGUAGCCAUGUUUUGGAGCGCAUGUUCAAGGUGGCCUCCGCAGACCUCUUCCUCGAUAUUUUCAAUCUCGUCUUCCGCGGACACUUGCUCGAGCUCUCGUUGCACCGUUCCGGAAACUUUGUGGUUCAGGCCAUGCUCAACCACCUGCAUCACGAGGCCCAGCUCAAGAUGGUCUUGGAUGAGCUGCGUGACCACAUUGAGGAGCUUCUUGCCGAGAACCGCAUGGGCGUGGUGGUGUGCCUCACCCAAGCGUGCGAACGUCGCGGCACCAUCACAACCCAGCGCCCCUUCGUCCGUGCCUUGUUUGCCACCUUCCAUGCCAGCAAACAGAAGGAGCAGAAAGCUAUUGCCAGCCUGCUGAUUCAUAUGAUCACCUACGACCGCCUUUUCAAUUUGGACGAGUCGACGAGCGCCAAGGCCAGCAGCUCUGCUGCAGCGGCGGAUUCCGACGACUCUAGUGACUCGGACGACGACAGCGAUGACGACAGCAACAAGAAGACGAGCAGCCGCAAAAAGAUGCCAAUUCCGCCCGUUGCCAACAUGGAGUUCAACAUGCACGGUGCUCGGCUCCUCGAAUCGCUUCUUCGCUUCCCGCCAGCCAUUAACAAGCCUGUUGUCGAGAGUUUUGCGAAUUACCCAGUCACGGAUCUUUUGCACAUUUGCAAAACACCGAUUGGCAGCCAUGUAUUUGAAAUCUUCCUUGCCGGAACUGCGCCUUACAAGCGAAAGCUCGAUGUCCUGCGAAAACUGCGCGGCAAGUUCUGCGAGCUGGCCAUUGACAAGUACGGAAGUCACGCUAUCGACAAGUGCUGGAUUGCUGCAGACAUUGAUGCCAAGGAAUGGAUUGCAACCGAACUCGUUUCGCAAGAAAACAAGCUCCGAAAUAGCUUCUACGGUCCCUUUGUGCUCCGAAACUGUCAAAUCGAACGUUUCAAGCGCAAGAAGGAGUCUUGGAAGGAUUCGCUGGAAGCCAACGACCGCAAGUCGCGCAUGUUUGCUGACAUUCUCGAGGAUAACGGAGAAGUCCCCGAAACAACCGCUGCCGCAAAGCCUGCCAAGUCCAAGAAGAGCAAGGAGGCUGCUGUGGAGGCGGAUGACUCGACAGACCGUGUAGCAGUUUUGCGAAAGAGCGACAAGUACAACUCGCUGAUGGCAGAUCUUGGCGCUGGUGGGCGCAAAAAGGACAAGAAGGGACGCUCGGCAGAUGACGACGAUGCGAUGGAACUGGACGACCACGCAGCCGACCGUCUGCCAGCCAACGAAAUUGACGAUCUGUUCAAGGACUCUUCCAACCGAAAGAAGCGCACGCACGCCGAAGCUGAAGCCACCGACGCAACUGAGGAAGAAACCUCUUCGAGCAAGGAUUCCUCGUCGAAAAAGAAGGAGGCCAAACCCAACAAGAAGGCUCGACAAGAGCUGGAGGCCGUUUUUGCUGCCAUUGCCAAUACCAAAGCAGGGAGCAGCAAAAAGAGCGGGAAGAGCAAGAGUGCGGAACCUGCGUCUGGCUCAAAGGGCAAAUCCAAGCCUCAGUUUGCCAUGUAAUGUUCGGAUUGCGCGGAGAUUCACCACAAAAUAAACAAAUCGUUAAAUUAACA